UGCCGCAUUGGCAUUGCUUGGACACGUGACCGGGCAUCACGUGACAAUUAGUUUUAGUCAUGGCCGACGACUACAGGCGACAAGGCCUCGAGUUGGAGAGACGGAUAUUCGAGUUAGAUGCCAAGUGUUCUGCUCUCAAAGCCGAAAAACAAGAUGACGACUAUAUACAAAAUGCAGAUGCCAUACUAGACAAGUUGAAAAGCUACUACAGACAAGGAGGGGAGAGCAGCAGCCUUUCCAAGCUGCUUCAAGAUUACACACAGGUGAUCCUAGAUAUUACAUUUUAUGAAGAGAACAAACUGGUGGAUCAAGAGUUUCCUGAGGAAUGUUCACCGUUUAAAAUCCAGCAGCUCCUGCAAGAUCUGACCGAGCCGGAAGUGUUGGUGGGGCGACUUGCACCAUCUCAAGAGGUGCAGGCUGUGUUGGGACUAGAGCUGUUAGAAUGCCUCUACUGGAGACGUGGUGCACUGCUCUACAUGUACUGCCACACCCUUCAUCAACGGAAGCAAUGGAUCAAGCAGAACAAAGAGACGUUCCUUAAGUGUAUUCAGGAAGGAGUGCGCUACCUAAUGCGGAUGCUGCAGGUGAGGAACUCAGUGAAGCUCAAUGAUGGGGUGGUGCUCCAUGACACUGCUACGGCAGGCUUCUUAUCUGAAGGCAUUUUCUCAGACACGCACCUGUUGACAAUGAUGUACAUCGGCGAAAUGUGCUUCUGGGCCGUCAAGUAUGAAGACUACAGCAGCGACAUGAUGGAUUGUAAAGAUCGCCUCCAGUUUAGGGACAUUGGCACACAGAUCCUCAACAAGUAUGUGCUUGCCUGCGAGGGCCCUCUGCAGGGACAGGGCUGGAACACGGAGAAUGCCAAGGAAAUCCUCAGUGUUUUACAGUAAAGCCCGCUGCCUCUGUGUCCGGGUCUUCCUCGGACACAACUAAGAUCAGUAUUGAGUGUUUUUCCAAUCCCCUCUAAACUAAAAAAGGUUAGGUACGGUGUAAUGAAAGGCUAAUGAGAGGAGGGGAGAAAUUGUAUAUCAGCAAGGGUGUUAAAGCCACCUCGCUCCAUGCUUUGGAGAAGAAAGUUCUGCAGGUGGUGUAAAACUGACAUUAAAGAGUUUUUUUUUUUUUCA